GUGUACCACUGACAGCCCUGGUGUUUGCACAUACCUUCAGUUGCCGGAUUUUGUCUGUGACCAGCUGUGGCCCGUCUCUUAACGAGUUAACCUCCGUUCGUCAGUAUAUUCAACUUUUUAUGAAAGCUGCGCCUCUUAGGCUUCCGCGUCUUAGACGAGGCUGCCCCGAGAGGUAUUCUGAGGCACGGAUUCUCAUAAACACGUGGAUAACGAUGAUAUUUCAGUGAUUAAAUCCUCGGCAGUUGGGAAAUGUACCUUUAGGAAUAGUUCCCAGACCAAUUACUGUACUUUUGCUGGAGUAAAUGUGAAGUGGGAAUUAUUUUACUGAAGGAUUUUAUUCAAAAUGACGGUGCUCAAGACCUGUGUUUCUCUGGCUGCUUCGCUCAUUACGGGGACUCCUUUGGAUGUGUCCAGAGCAGCUGCUGUUGACAGUGGACAGAAAGCUCUACUGGUAGACAACAACAACAGCCCUGUCCUAAGACCGCCGUCUCUGUCUUCUCUGCACGACCACAAAGCCAACGCUAAAUUCAGAUGUUACGCCGGUUCCGGUAACCAAACGAUCCCCAAUGGAACAUCGCCCUGUACGACCCUCAAGAGUGACCAGUCCAACGGCUUUGUCAACGGCCACACCAAAGUCUUUGCCAAUGGCUAUGCAAACGGCUGUGCCAACGGCCAUGCUAAUGGCUUUGCCAACGGCCAUGCUAAUGGCUACGCAAAUGGCUAUGCAACUGGUCUCAAUGGCCACGUACCGUCAACUCUGACGCAGUCGAGUCAUACCAAAAGCCAUCAGCCUCACGAGAGAUGGGUGAGACCUCUAGGGUAUGCCGAAAGGUGUAUGUCAAAGGCCCAUGACUAUGGCUGCAUGACUACUGUAUACGCCCUUUGGCUCAGUUCCAAGGCACCAUUGGAUUUUGAAUUGAUUCAACACGCAGCUGAAAUCAUGUACAGGAAAAUGCCCAACUUGCGGAUGAAACUGAGUCAUCGUGAUGGAGAGCUGUGGUGGAAAGAAUCUCCUCGAGCAACACUAGACGUGGAAGAACUUGUCACUGAUAACAUAGAAGCUAGUGUAGAAUCCCUUCUUCAUCGGCGUUAUAACCUUGAGGAAGGACCUUUGUGGUUUGCACGAUUCGUAACACUCCCAAAAAGUGAAAAUGAAGAUUGUGAAGAUGUUGAAGUUGAGCACAAGUAUGUUUGCAUAUUUGGUUUCCACCACAAUGCUAGUGAUGGUACAUCAAAUAUGAAGUUUUGCAAUGUAUUUCUCAAGGUUCUAAAUGACCUCUCAAUGGGCAAAGAAGUUGAUAUGAAGGAAGAAGGUACAUUUGCUAUGCCUCUCCAAGAUGCACUUGGUGAUCAAAUUCAUACUUUGUGGUUUUUCCUCUGUGUGUUCUUCAAACGUUUGUAUACAGCGAUAUUAACAUUUGGUGUAUCAGUGAGAAAUUUUACAAGUCGGUACAAAAUGCCUGCUUCUAAUGCAGCUGCAACUCACAUACUUCAGCACGAACUUGAUGAAGUCACCACAAAAAAGCUAAUCAGCAGAUGUAAAAUGGAAGGAGUGACUUUGAAUUCAGCCUUCACUGCUGCAGCAAACCUCUCAAUGUAUGAAAUGAUGAUUAGCCGCGAUGAGGAGUUGGAUGAAACUUAUCUGUGGUCACAACAAGCCAUUAAUAUGAGACGUUACUGGCCUCAAGAGCUACAGCCAAAUACCCUUGGAUGCCACAUAUCCUUACUAGAUAUCAGUUUCCCCACAAAACGACGGGAUUUGCAUUCUUUUUGGGAAUAUGCAAGGGAUGUAAACAGAAGACUCCAGCAUAUGUUAGUCGAAGAAAAGAGACCUUUAAAAUUACAACCUAUGAGUCAGCGUCUGAUUAUUCUCAUAAGGCACAAUUCAUGGUUAGCAUGGUUGGGAUUGCCUUCUGCUAAUGAUAACCACUAUACAGUGACAAAUAUGGGAAAUUUGCAUACAGCAUUUCCAGGUGUGGGUGAAGUUGUAGAGGCAACCAAAGUACUGCGUUCAGUCUCUUGCCAUUUCAUGCCUACACUUUGUCAGCAUACACUGCAGACUUUUCGGGGUCGCUUUUGUUAUUCCCUUGAUUACUACACACAGAAACUUUCAAAAGAAACUGCCACUACUUAUGCCCAAGGUAUUAUGAAUUUGCUCAGGAAAUCAAUUCAUUCUCCCAACUAAUUAUUAUCAAAUGUAUGUGCAUAUCCCCAUACAUAGUAUUAUGUAACAUUUUCUUUGGGCAUGCUUAAAAUAUUUGAAUCCCAAAUGGUUUCCCCACUACUGGCACUCUACUAGUAACACAGAGUGCCCCUACCUCUUGCUCUAUGUGGCAGAUUAUGUACAAAUCUUUAUUAUGCAUUAUAUGUAUGUAACAGUAUUAUAGUGUCAUUUUUAUAAACCUUAGGUUUUAUUAAAUUCAGUUAUUUAUUAAUUGAAUUUAAGUUUUGUCUUUAUAUAUAAAUUAUAUAAUACAUGCAACUUUAUACUAAGUUGCAACUUUUUUACUUUAUAUUUUUAAGCAUUGUAAUUUCAACUGUAAAUAAAGUAGUAUUUUGUAAA